AUGCCCCGAACAUCAUCAGCAGUAGACAUUGCUACUCACCUCUAGGGUACUUAUAUUUCACCCCUUCACUAAUGCCACUUGUAUACGAGUGUCAGUGACAGAUUCACGCAAUGAAGCGGCUUAUAUACAACUCCUUGCACUGUGUUCACUACUGCAGUAAAAGCAGAGCUGUAGGGUCCUUGAUGUGGUAUGAGCAUGCUCAUAACCAUUUCAGUAAGCAGUACUUUCAAAUGUGGUGCCCCAUGAAAGUUGCCUCCAUAGAAAUAGGUCAGACUGUAUUCCAAUUGUAGUCUGUGUCCAACUUCCUGUG